AACGCACCUCCUCCUCCUCCUUCGCUAAGCUAGUGAGCUGCAAUAACAGCUCCAUCUGUUAGAGCGGCUGAACACCGAGUCCAGCAUCGGCCUGCAGAGCAGAGAGCAUGCUGCACCCGCAGAGGUCCCUGUCCGAGCUGCCCAGGAUGUCCGCGGCCAGCCAGGUGGAGACAGCCGUCCUGGAGGAGGAGUUUAACUGGCUGCUAAGAGAGGAGGUGCACGCCGUGCUAAAGCAACUCCAGGAGAUCCUCAAGGAGGCCUCCAGACGUUUCUCCAUGCCCUCACCAGGCCUGGAAAGUCAGCUGAAGCAGGAAAACUUCAUCCUGGGCAGCUCAACCAUGGAUCAGGUGAAAGGGGUGCUGACUCUGCAGGGAGAAGCUCUGACUCAGGCUGACAUUAACCUGAAGGUCGCCAAGAGCAGCCAAGUCCUGCAUUUUCAGUUCAGAGAAGACAAACAAUGGAAGCUGCAGCAGAUACAGGAUGCCAGGAACCACGUGAACCAAGCUCUGCUGCUUCUGAGCAGCCGCGAUGAGACGUACCAGUUCAAGACUGGAGCCGAGGUCAACAAGCUCAUGGACGCGGUGAUGUUGCAGCUGACCAGAGCACGGAACCGCCUCACCACCCCUGCAUCCCUGACUCUGCCAGAACUUGCCACCAGUGGACUGAUGGUACGGAACGCCAUGGGAAGGCCGUUCACACCCUGGAGCAUGCAGGCGGCAGCAUCAUGCUGUGGGCCUGCUGUUUCCUCAGUAGGAAAGGGAGAGCUGCUGCAACGUUCUGGACGCUGUCUUCCCAGUGAGCUGAACAACAACCGCUUUGAGGUGAGCCAUGUUCACAAAGUGGAGUGUGUGGUGCCAUGGCUGAGCGACACGCUGGUCUUCUUCACCAUCUCACUGCAGCUGUGUCAGCAACUCAAGGACAAGAUCUCCGUCUUCUCCAGUUUCUGGAACUACAGGCCGUUCUGAUCCAGUCCGUCCUGCAAAAACCGGAUCUUAACCAAACUAACCAAUCGAGUGUAAGGGAAAUGCUGCAAAGCUUUUAUUUUUUAUUUUUAUAUGUAUUUAUCACACAUUCAAUCAGCCUGAGGUGUUGCACGAUCAGCGUACGCCACUGGACAUCAAUAUUCAACGUAUGUAUUUGUGUCAGGCCCGCAGGCUGACACGCCUCUACCGGUAUCUGGCAUCACUAAUCAACUGGAACGAUUGAAUGUGAAUGUUAUUUAAAAAGCAGCUUGUUCCUGGAAGUUGUCCCAGGUUAACACUAAGCAUCAUCACAGCAGGGGGGGGUAUCACCGCCCUUCCUGCAACGCUCAGUCUGCUCCUAUGAAGAGUCAGUUCAUGUCUGGAAGGUGAAACCUUCAGAAGCACAGAGAAAUCUGCUGCUUCGUCUUCUCCGGUCAGUGAACGCUGCUCCUUUAAAGGACUACUUCCUGUUUUUAAACAGAGAUUCUGUGAUGUCAUCAGUAACCUGCAAGGGGAGUGAACCAGUAGGGCUCC